CGUAUAUAAAAAUUUAUUCAUGUCAAAUUAUCAAUAUGAAGGUAUGAAAAUAGUUAUCAAAACUGUGUGACUACUAUUGCCUUAACAUUUUUUAUCUUACCAGUACUUUAUUCCCAUUGAGAACAAGCACUCUUGAUUAGUCGUUUGCUUAUCCCUAACAUUGUGUAGGCUAUCCUUCUCCUGAAGGAGUAAGAAAUCUCCCUUUCCAAAAUCCAGUAAAAGAGAAGUUGAUUAAGGAGAUAAAUAAGCGCUGUGAAGAGAAAAUGCGCAUAAAAGGCCGCACAAAAAAUAAACUGGCUAAAAUUUCCAGGAACCUCAUCAAGCAUACAUCUCAUAAGGAGGUAAAUAAGCCUCCUCCAAGAGUUAGUAAUGAAUCGAAGCAAGAAGUUGAUUACUUUAAAAGAGGAAAUUUCAAGAUGUCUAUAGACCGGAAGAGAGAAAAUAGCCAGACUAGGAGGACAAUUGACCCUUCUUUUGACCCUCCAAAAAUGUUGUCUGCUUAUGAUAAUUACUAUCACCAGCCCCCACAAACAGUGAAGCAUUUAUCAUCAAAGACUCUUUCCUUCAAGCCUCCAAAGGUUCCAAAAGAGCUUAUGACUGGCAGGCAAAGGCGUCAUGACAAGAAGAACAAUCAGUCAUCAUUCAAGCUAAGCUAUGAUGAAAAUGAGCUGAAAGCUCAUAAGCCUCCUAGUCUAUCCAAGAAGAAAGUUGGGUACAAGAUGACUUCGAAACCAACAGUGUACCGUCUUGGGACUUAUGAAAGAAUUUCUAUCAAGGACAGCUCAAAACAUGCCAAAUCUCACAGCACCAGUAAUUCGAUUAAGAAGAUCAGGGAAUACCAAUCUUCUCUAACUAAUCUUCCUGGGAGUAUUUCUCAGAGGAAGGUAGAUGAGCCAGAACUCCUCAAGUACAAUUUGAAGACAAAAGAUUUGGAGAUGAAGGGCACUUCCACCAAAUCUAAGAAAUCAGAGAAGUAUUACAGGUGUCAGAACAAGAUUAAAAUUUUACAUAAGAGUGAUGUCAACGUAGUUCCUCAGAACAUUGGGGACCCAAUUCCUUACGCUGGUCUGAGGCGUAAAGCACAGAUUCCUACUUCAGGAUCACUGAAUAGAAAGAAUUUUGACUCCCAAAUUGUAUUUGGAAAUGAAGAGAAUUACUCAUAUAACCGUAAACCCUCCCAGAUUGAUUAUUCAAACCUGCAAAGAAGAUCUUCUGCCAGGCCAAAGCCAAUCCAGCCAGAUGCUGGUAACCAGAGACACAGAUCUUCAUCAGGGAAGGGAAGAAGGCCGGAAUCUGCUAGAAACAUGUUUGGAAGCCACUUUAGAUUCGAGUAAUUCAUUUAGAAGAUUUUCUACCAUU